UAAAUUGUUUUCAGUAGGUCAGAGUUUCACUUAGUCACCCAACUCCUGUCCCCAGUAGAGACUCCCCCGGACAGAGAGAUCGAUGACAUGGCGACCAAGAAAGCGGUUUUGUUCAACCUGUGGGGGGUCGUUGUUUCUCCCAGACCUGCAGAAGUUUUCCUCAAAUUCGAAGAAACCCUCAAACUCCCCAGUGGCUUUCUGAAGAAGGUGGUGACUGACAAGCACAGCGCCAUGGGACGCGCAGAGAGGGGCAAACUCACACUCUCUCAGAUGAUCCCAGAGCUUGAUGCAGAGUGUAUGAGUGCAGCAUCAGAUCAGAAGGUCAUUCUUCCUGCUGGGUUCUCUGUGAAGAGCCUGUUGGAGGAACUCAGAGACUCAACCACCGUCAACAAACACAUUCUGCAGACUGUAGCUACACUCCGCAGACAAGGGUUAUUGACAGGCGUGUUGGCCAACCAGUGGGUGGAUGACAGUGGGAGUGGAGAUAGCUCUGGCCGGCUCCUCUCUCAGCUGGGCGGCCAUUUUGAUGUGGUACUACAGUUCUGUCGUACAGGCCUCAGGGUCCCAGAGACCGACCUGUUCACCUCCGCUCUCACACAGCUGGGAGUGCCUCCGAAACAGGCUCUGUGGUUGGGUGAUGAUGAGGAGGGGGUAGGAGCAGCAGAGGCAGUAGGGAUGACAGCUGUUCUGGUGAAGGACCUGCCGGAAGCUCUGAAACAAGUAGAGGCCUUCACUGGAGUACAGGUCAUAACAGGGGAAAGCUACCCAGCCUCUUGCCACCCAGAGGAGGUCUCUCAUGGAUAUAUCACCAUCAAGCCCAGGGUAAAGCUGCACUAUGUGGAGAUGGGGGCGGGGCCUCCGGUCAUGCUGUGUCACGGCUUCCCUGAGAGCUGGUACUCCUGGAGAUACCAGAUUCCAGCUCUAGCUGAUGCAGGGUUUAGAGUCUUAUCUCUGGACAUGAAGGGCUAUGGAGAGUCUACAGCUCCACCAGACAUAGAGGAGUACUCACAGGAACAGAUCUGCCAGGAUCUUGUGACUUUCAUGGAUAAAAUGGGUAUUCCCCAGGUGACUCUGGUUGGUCAUGAUUGGGGUGGAGUUGUGGUCUGGAACAUGGCCCGGUGUCAUCCAGAGAGAGUCAGAGCGGUAGCUUCUCUGAACACCCCUCUGUUUCCUGUGGACCCCUCCAAGGAUCCAAUGAACUUCCUGAAGACUGUGCCAAUCUUUGACUACCAACUCUACUUCCAGGACCCCGGUGUAGCUGAAACUGAGAUGGAGAAAGACCUGGCAAGGACCUUCAAGAUCUUCUUCCGUGGCAGUGGAGAUAAGGAUAAUGUUCCUCAGAUCAACACUGCUGGAGUUUGUGCCAGAGGUGGUCUGUUCGUAGGACUACCAGAUGAGAUUCCCAGGAGCUCCAUCCUCAGUGAGACUGCUCUGCAGUUCUACAUCACUCAGUUCAAAGACAAGGGAUUCAGAGGGCCGUUGAACUGGUACCGUAAUGUUGUGAGCAACUGGAAAUGGCUAUGCUCCCGACCCAGGGCUAAGCUCUUGAUGCCAGCUCUCAUGGUGACAGCUGGUAAAGAUCCUGUCCUGCUGCCUGUCUUCUCCAAGGGGAUGGAAACCAUGAUACCCAACCUAACAACAGGACACAUCGAAGAGUGUGGACACUGGACCCAGAUGGAAAGGCCGUCUGAGCUGAACACCAUUCUGAUCUCCUGGCUGAAAGACACUCACAACAACACUGGGGUUGCCAUGACACCCAAGCUGUGAUCAGUUACCAGGACAACGUAUUCCUCUUAGUGCACUUUGUAGUGGACUCUUGGAAUCACCUGUUCAUUCAGAAUUAUUUCUAAAACUGUACGAUAACCUUUUUUAAAAACCUGAAACAUUUUUCUCUUCUAAAGACACACGAUGCACAAAUAGACAGUACCAACAGCCA